AUGGUUUCCAUCAAGAACGUUGCGAUUGUCGGAGCUUCUGGCUCCUUAGGUGCUCCCAUCCUCAAAGUCAUCCUAGACUCAGCCAAAUUCAACAUCACCGUCGUAUCACGUGAAGGCUCCAAAGCGACAUUCCCCUCCUCCGUCAAAGUCGUAAAAGCUGACUACAACUCCCUCGACUCUCUAACCUCCGCAUUCAAAGGCCAAGAUGCCGUCGUCUCAACCGUCGGCACCGAAGGUCUUCUCGGCCAAAGCGUGCUCAUCGACGCCGCUAUCGCUGCCGGUGUCAAGCGAUUCCUUCCCUCUGAAUUCGGAUCCGAUUUAUCGAAUCCCAAUGUCGCCAAGCUGCCCGUCUUCGGCUAUAAGCUCGCAACCCGCAAGCAUCUCGAGGAGAAAAUUCAGGCCGGCGCUGAUAUCACUUACACCUAUGUUAUCAACGGCGGGUUCCUUGACUGGGGUCUCGAAGUCGGUUUCCUUCUCAACACAAAGGAAGGCAAACCAACAUUGUACAAUGGCGGUGACCGCCAAUUCAGCACCACUACUCUCGCAAGUGUCGGACAAGCUGUUGUUGGUGUUCUGACUCACUACGAAGAAACCAAGAAUCGACCCGUGUACAUUCAAAGCCGAACAAUCUCUCAAAACCAUCUCCUCGAACUCGCCAAGAAGGUUGCGCCAGAGAAGAAAUUUGAGCCCGUUGUUGCCAGUACCGAUGAUAUGAAGAAGAGCUCGGAUGAGAAGCUGGCGAAAGGCGAGGUUACCAUGCCAGUCAUGGUUGGGUACAUCUUUGUGUCGAUCUUUGAUGAGGCGUAUGGAGGGCGCUUUGUUAAGCUUGAUAAUGAGUUGCUUGGUGUUCCGGAAGCAAGUGAUGCUGAGGUCGAGGCUAUUUUGAAGAAGGUUUUGGCUUAG